AUGGCUAGAGGAGGUUCUGCAGGGGCACAAAUUGCCAGCAGCACCAGAGCCCCUCCCCUGGUGAUACGCCGGCCCUCUGUAGGCUCGUUGUCACAGAGGAAGAGGCAACAGUACGCCAAGAGCAAGAAGCAGGGCGGCUCCACCAACAGCAGCCGCCCAGGGCCCUGUUCUGCCUCACCUCAACAACCCCAUCGCAGAGCCUGCAUCAGCCUGGUGGAGUGGGAACCCUUUGAUAUCUUUAUACUGCUCUCUAUUUUUGCCAAUUGUGUGGCCUUAGCUGUUUACAUCCCCUUCCCUGAGGACGACUCCAACUCCACCAACCACGACCUGGAAACAGUAGAAUAUGCCUUCCUGAUCAUCUUUACGAUAGAGACCUUUCUGAAGAUCAUAGCGUAUGGUUUAGUCAUGCAUCAGAACUCCUACGUAAGGAACGGCUGGAACAUGCUAGAUUUUGUCAUUGUUAUAGUAGGGUUGUUCAGUGUAGUUCUGGAGGUGAUAACCAAAGAGGGUGAUGCGGGGGCUCAGGGGGGUAAACCAGGAGGCUUUGACGUCAAGGCCCUCCGAGCAUUCCGUGUGCUCCGCCCCCUCCGUCUUGUCUCAGGAGUACCCAGUUUACAGGUAGUGUUGAACGCCAUCAUUAAAGCCAUGGUUCCUCUGCUCCACAUCGCUCUGCUAGUCCUCUUCGUCAUCAUCAUCUAUGCCAUCAUCGGCUUGGAACUCUUCAUCGGCAAGAUGCACGCCACCUGCUACCUGGCGGGCACCGGCAUUCUGGCAGAGGAGGAGCCUGUUCCGUGUGCAAUGUCAGGCCAUGGGCGCCAGUGCAUGAUGAAUGGGACUGUGUGUAGAGAGGGAUGGCAUGGCCCCAACGGUGGCAUCACCAACUUUGACAACUUCCUGUUUGCCAUGCUUACUGUUUUCCAGUGUAUCACCAUGGAGGGCUGGACUGAUGUUCUCUACUGGAUGAAUGAUGCCAUGGGCUUUGAGCUACCCUGGGUCUACUUCGUCAGUCUGGUCAUCUUCGGCUCCUUCUUCGUUCUCAACCUGGUUCUGGGAGUGUUGAGCGGAGAGUUUUCCAAGGAGAGAGAGAAGGCCAAGGCUCGUGGAGACUUCCAGAAGCUGAGAGAGAAGCAGCAGCUGGAGGAGGAUCUGAAGGGCUACCUGGACUGGAUCACUCAGGCCGAGGACAUCGACCCUGAGAAUGACGAGGAGGGGGACGAGGAGGGGGUCAAACGCAACCGCGUGACACUGGCUGACCUAACGGAGAAGAAGAAAGGGAAGUUUGGCUGGUUCAGCCAGUCCACAGAGACACAGGCAAGCAAGCCCGCCAGCGAGACAGAGUCUGUGAACACUGACAACCCCAACGGAGAGGACGAUAAGGCUAACUGCUGUGGACCACUCUGUCAAAAAAUGAUCAAAUCAAAGUACAGUCGGCGAUGGCGGCGCUGGAACCGGUUCUGCCGCAGGAAGUGUCGUGUUGCCGUGAAGUCAGUGUCUUUCUAUUGGCUGGUGAUCAUCCUGGUGUUUCUCAACACGCUCACCAUCUCCUCAGAGCACUACAACCAGCCUAACUGGCUCACGGAAGUCCAGGAUGUGGCCAACAAGGUUCUGCUGGCUCUGUUUACGUGUGAGAUGCUGGUGAAGAUGUAUAGUCUGGGCCUGCAGGCCUACUUCGUGUCUCUGUUCAACCGCUUCGACUGCUUCGUGGUGUGUGGCGGCAUCGUGGAGACCAUCCUGGUGGAGCUGGCCAUCAUGUCUCCCCUGGGCAUCUCUGUGUUCCGUUGUGUCCGUCUGCUACGCAUCUUCAAGGUCACACGCCACUGGGCAUCUCUCAGUAACCUGGUGGCAUCGCUGCUCAACUCCAUGAAGUCCAUCGCCUCCCUCCUGCUCCUGCUCUUCCUCUUCAUCAUCAUCUUCUCUCUGUUGGGCAUGCAGCUCUUCGGAGGCAAGUUCAACUUCGACGAGACGAUAACUAAGAGGAGCACCUUCGACAACUUCCCCCAGGCACUACUCACAGUGUUUCAGAUCCUGACAGGCGAGGAUUGGAAUGCUGUGAUGUAUGACGGCAUCAUGGCGUACGGUGGACCCUUCUCCUCAGGCAUGGUCGUCUGCAUCUACUUCAUAAUCCUCUUUGUCUGUGGAAACUACAUCCUGCUGAAYGUCUUCUUGGCCAUCGCCGUUGACAACCUGGCAGAUGCAGAGAGCCUGAACACAGCCCAGAAGGAGGAAGAGGAGGAGAAGGAGAGGAAGAAAAGUGCCAGGUAACUUGGUGAUGAUGACAAUGAUAAUGAUAAUCUGCCAGAGGUUCCAGUUGGGCCACGCCCCCAAAGGCUGUCAGACCUCAGCAUCAAGGAGAAGACUCCGCCCAUCCCUGAGGGCAGUGCAUUCUUCAUCUUCAGCAACACUAACCCGGUUCGGGUGGCCUGCCACAAGCUGAUCAACCACCACAUCUUCACCAACCUCAUCCUGGUCUUCAUCAUGCUGAGCUCUGUGUCUCUGGCUGCUGAGGACCCUAUACGSAACUUCUCUGCACGCAACAUCAUACUUGGUUAUUUUGACUAUGCUUUCACGGCAAUCUUUACUGUUGAGAUCCUAUUGAAGAUGACAGCUUUUGGGGCUUUCCUCCAUAAAGGAGCCUUCUGCAGGAACUACUUCAACCUGCUGGACCUACUGGUGGUUGGAGUCUCUCUGGUGUCCUUUGGCAUUCAGUCAUCUGCCAUCUCUGUGGUGAAGAUCUUGCGUGUGUUGAGGGUGUUGCGACCCCUGAGGGCCAUCAACAGAGCCAAGGGCCUCAAGCAUGUGGUCCAGUGUGUAUUUGUGGCCAUCAGGACCAUUGGCAACAUCAUGAUCGUCACCACGCUGUUACAGUUCAUGUUCGCCUGCAUAGGAGUGCAGCUAUUCAAGGGCAAGUUCUAUCGCUGCACAGACGAGGCCAAGUCCAGCCCAGAGGAAUGCAAAGGCACAUACAUCCUGUAUAAGGAUGGAGACACAGCAUUGCCUGCAGUUAGGGAGAGGAUCUGGUACAACAGUGACUUCAACUUUGACAACGUCCUCAUGGCCAUGAUGGCUCUGUUCACCGUCUCUACAUUUGAAGGCUGGCCUGCUCUGCUCUACAAGGCCAUCGACUCCAACAGAGAGAAUAUGGGUCCCAUCUACAACUACCGCGUGGAGAUCUCCAUCUUCUUCAUCAUCUACAUCAUCAUCAUCGCCUUCUUCAUGAUGAACAUCUUUGUUGGUUUUGUCAUCGUCACCUUCCAGGAGCAGGGAGAGAAAGAGUACAAGAACUGUGAGCUGGACAAGAACCAGCGUCAGUGUGUGGAGUAUGCUCUGAAGGCUCGUCCACUGAGAAGGUACAUCCCUAAGAACCUCUACCAGUAUAAGUUCUGGUAUGUGGUCAACUCCACAGGCUUUGAGUACGUCAUGUUCGUCCUCAUCAUCCUCAACACACUGUGUCUGGCCAUCCAGCACUAUGGCCAGUCUCACCUGUUCAACUAUGCCAUGGACAUCCUCAACAUGGUCUUCACUGGCGUCUUCACUGUGGAGAUGAUCUUUAAACUCAUCGCCUUCAAACCCAGGUGACACUAUUUCGCCGAUGCAUGGAACACAUUUGAUGCCUUAAUUGUUGUUGGUAGCGUCGUUGACAUUGCAAUCACAGAGAUCAAUAACACUGAGGACAGCGCUCGCAUCUCCAUCACAUUCUUCCGUCUGUUUCGAGUCAUGCGAUUGGUCAAGCUGCUCAGCAGAGGGGAGGGCAUCCGAACGCUCCUGUGGACCUUCAUUAAGUCCUUCCAGGCUCUUCCCUAUGUUGCCCUUCUGAUAGCCAUGUUAUUCUUCAUCUAUGCUGUUAUUGGAAUGCAGGUGUUUGGAAAGAUUGCCUUGGUAGACCACACACAGAUUAACCGAAACAACAACUUCCAGACCUUUCCUCAAGCUGUCCUGAUGCUCUUCAGGUGUGCUACAGGUGAGGCGUGGCAGGAGAUCAUGCUGGCAUGUCUGCCAGGGAAGCUGUGUGACUCAGAGUCAGACUACAACCCUGGAGAGGAGAAAACAUGUGGCAGCGGAUUCGCCAUUAUCUACUUCAUCAGCUUCUACAUGCUCUGCGCCUUCCUGAUCAUCAACUUGUUUGUUGCUGUCAUCAUGGAUAACUUUGACUAUCUGACGCGUGAUUGGUCCAUUCUGGGCCCUCACCACCUGGAUGAGUUUAAAAGGAUCUGGUCUGAGUACGACCCUGAGGCCAAGGGCAGGAUAAAGCAUCUGGAUGUGGUGACCUUGCUGAGACGCAUCCAGCCUCCUCUAGGCUUUGGCAAGCUUUGUCCACACAGAGUGGCCUGCAAGAGACUGGUUGCCAUGAACAUGCCCCUGAACAGUGAUGGCACGGUCAUGUUCAAUGCCACUCUGUUUGCCUUGGUGAGGACCGCUCUGAAGAUCAAAACUGAAGGCAACUUGGAACAGGCCAAUGAGGAGUUGCGAGCGGUCAUCAAGAAGAUCUGGAAGAGGACCAGCAUGAAGCUGCUGGACCAAGUGGUGCCCCCUGCAGGCGAUGACGAGGUAACCGUGGGGAAGUUCUAUGCCACCUUCCUGAUACAGGACUACUUCAGGAAAUUCAAGAAACGCAAAGAGCAAGGCCUGGUGGGAAGACACUCAUUCUCCAGCCUGAACUCCACCAUCGCCCUCCAGGCUGGCCUCCGCACACUGCAUGAUAUUGGGCCCGAAAUUCGCCGAGUCAUAUCGUGUGACCUGCAAGACGAAGGCCUUGUAGACAUGAAUGCAGAAGAAGAUGACGAGGUGUCUAGGAGGAACGGCGUGCUGUUCGCCAACCACACCAAUCACGUUAACGCGGACCACCGGGGUUCUGUCACCCAGCGGCCCCUCCAGGUCCCACCUCCUUCCUGCCACGCAUUCGUGGAGCCCUCUCAGGUUGGCUCUGAGGAAGGGGCUGGUGACCCCCACCCCUACAACCACUACUACCCCAAAUCCCCCAUGGCCUCCAACGCCAACCUCAACAACGCCAACAUCUCCACUGUGCCCUCCCUGACCAAAGGGGGGCAGAGGUGCUGCCUCCGCCGUGAGCACUCGUCUGCUAAUGGGGCACCCUCCUCCAGCUCGCACCACAAGAGUGUUGACUUCGACACCCUCACCACGGUCCAGUCUGCAAGGUCAGAAUCAGGGGGUGUUCUGUACCCAACCAUCCGUAGAGAGAAGCCAGGGGGAGCAGACAGUGAUGAUGACAAGGGCUCAGGAGAAUACUUCAGUGGCGAGGAGUAUCAGGAGGACGACCUCAUGUUGCACAAAGACAGGAUGCCCCAUAAGGAGUUUCAAGACCUUCAAACUGACUUGGACACAAAUGCAUCGAGGGGUUACCAUCAACCUGAUAGUCUCUAUGACGACGACCAGCAACCCAUUUACCAAGAUGGUGGGCGGUCGCCAAAGCGACGGUUGUUCCCCUCUACACCCCAGGCACCCCACAGACCCUCCUUCAACUUUGAGUGUUUGCGGAGACAUAGCAGUCAGGAUGAUGACAUCCCCUUGACCCCUUCCGUUCCCCAUCGAACAGCUCUACCCCUGCAUCUGAUGCAGCAACAGGUGAUGGCAGUGGCUGGCCUGGACUCCAGCAGAGUCCAGCGUCUCUCUCCAUCACGCUCUCUACGUUCCUGGGCCACGCCCCCCACCUCCCCCAUUAGCAGGGACCACUCCCCCUACUACACCCCCCUCAUCCAGGUGGACUGGCGUGGUCCCGGCAGUGUGAGCAGCACCCCUGGCUCUGUGAGAAGAAGCUCCUGGUACACUGACGCCCUGGAAGCCCCUUUGAGCCUCACCUACUCCCCCUCACAGCUCCAGAUCCCCCCAGAGUACCGCAGGCAGUACCACCAGAAGAUAGGCAGUGCAACGCUAGUAGAGGCCGUGUUGAUUUCAGAAGGACUGGGGAAAUACGCCAAGGACCCCAAAUUUGUGGCAGCGACGAAGCAUGAGAUCGCGGACGCCUGCGAGAUGACCAUUGAUGAGAUGGAGAGUGCCGCCAGCAACCUGCUGAAUGGCAGUAUGGGUUAAUGGAGCGGGGGCACCGGGGCCACGACAAUAGGACCGUAAUCUCAUGACUACAGUGAUGAGGAGCCGGACACGAGUGUGAAAUGUGAAGAAGAUCUGACUGAUGAGAUUAUAUGCACAGCACCCUAUAGCAGUCAGUCACAUAGGCUGACAUGGCACUCUAUAGUAGUCAGUCACAUAGGCUGACAUGGCACUCUAUGUAUUCAGUCAC